AAUUAAUCCGCAACACAAACGGUCACUUGUGGUGUACUUGUAAUCACUUCUAUUGUUGUAUAUGGUAGUACGAAGCAACGUUUGUAACCAUAACAAUAAUAAUAAUUCUUAAUUACGGCUAAAUCGUCCAUGAUUCUGCGUAACUAUAUUUCACUCGGAAGUUCUUCUGGUGGGUGUUGUUAGGCACUUUUACGUGUAAAGUGAGGGAUGCAUCAGCGUUGUUGACAGAUGUCAUAAAAGCCGGAACUGAACCGCGGGUGAUCACAAUCGCCGAAGCAGAAAUCAUGAGGAUAGUUUACAUGUGCACGUUUAUGCUUGCUGUCAAUCAUUUGACAGCAGGAGUAAAAGUUAAGAAUGGAAGUCAGAAAUUCUCUGGAAACAAAGAUGACAAAUGCUUCUGCAAGCUAAAAGGGGAAGUUGAUGACUGCUCCUGUAAAGUUGAAACAAUUGAUUCUGUAAACAACCAGAAGAUUUACCCUCGACUGAAAAGUUUGGUUUUAAGAGAUUAUUUCCGUUACUUUAAGGUGAAUCUUGCCAAGGGAUGUCCAUUUUGGUCGGACGACAGCCGGUGUGCACUGAAGGACUGCCAUGUGGACAUGUGUGCUGAGCAUGAGGUGCCUCCAGCAUUUAAAAACAAUGGGAGAGAAAACAAGUAUGCAGAGAAAGCUCAAGAGGUACAUUCUUGUGCAGAGGAGAGAGAGCUCAGUGCCCUGGAUACCACAAUCAGUGAUGAGAGUAAGGAGGCAUUCAAGAAUUGGACAGAACAUGACGAGUCCCAAGACCUCUUCUGUGACAUUGAUGAUGAAAACUCAUUGGAUCUGGAGUAUGUGGAUCUGAGUUUGAAUCCUGAGAGGUACACAGGGUACAAGGGGGCAUCCCCUCACAGGAUCUGGAGAACCAUCUAUGAAGAAAACUGCUUUAAACCGCAGUCUAAGUAUGGAUACGGCCCUGACAGCAAACUUGCAAAGAAGCCUUAUGAAGACAUGUGCCUGGAGAAGCGAGCCUUCUAUCGUAUGGUGUCGGGCCUUCACACAAGCAUCAAUGUGCACCUGUGUGCAGAGUUCCUCUUCCCAAUCAUUGGUUAUGGAGAUGCUCAAUGGGGUCCCAACUUGGGGGAGUUCAAGCUGAGGUUUGACCCCGAAACAUCUGAUGGCGAGGGACCACAGAGGCUGAAGAACCUGUACUUUGCAUACCUGGUGGAGCUGCGUGCACUGGCCAAAGCUGCUCCCUACCUGUUGGAGGAAGAAUUCUUCACUGGAAAUGAUGAAGAAGAUGGAGAAACCAAACAAGGGGUGGAAGAUCUGCUCACUGUCAUCAAGUCCUUCAAUGACCACUUCGAUGAGAGUAAACUGUUUGCUGGAGAGCCCACUGAAGCAAGGAAACUGAAGGAGGAGUUCCGGAUGCACUUCAGGAACAUCUCCCGCAUCAUGGACUGUGUGGGGUGUGACAAGUGCAGGCUGUGGGGCAAGCUGCAGAUCCAGGGGAUGGGAACAGCCCUCAAGAUCCUCUUCUCUGGGGACACCAUUGGUCCACAGUCCACAGUCAAUGCCAGCAGCAAGCGCAACUUUCAACUCACCAGAUCUGAGAUAGUGUCACUCUUCAAUGCUUUUGGAAGGUUGUCCACGAGUAUUCACACACUGGAGGUGUUUCGUAAGAAGCUGAAAUGAUGUUGGUGAAACUAGGCAUCAUAUACUCCAACCGAUCAACUGGACCAAUUGAUUCACGCUCAACUCUUCUGUUGGACAAUUUGUCAAAAGUCACACAUUCGGAAACGUACAAACAAAGAAAACACGAAGAGAAUAUUUUGAGAACAAACAUUUUUGGGUGCAGUGCCUGUACAAUGUUUGACAUUUUAUAAUUUCUGCCAACAUUGUUUUCAUGCUAUUUGGUCAGAUUCUAAUGUGCAAGAUGACCACAAACAAUUUCAGCUGACAAUCUUUUACUUCUACCACUUUUAAAUUUGGCUGUUUUCAAUGUUUAAUUUGUGUUUUUCUGAUGUUGUAUUGAAUGUUUUUGUUAUGUUAACCCUAGACUCCUCAAAAUAUCCCUCACACAAAUGCAAAACAUUCCACAAAGAAAGUCUUCGUUUAUGUUUUGCUUUUUAUGUUGGUUGUUAUUGUUUUGUCGCUGGACCGAGAUACGGCAGCUCCUUGAAGUACUUUAUAUAAUUUCUUCAUGAUGAUGCACAGAAGUACCCUUACACCAUCAGCUGAAUGCUUUGUUGAAGAAGGACAUACCCUUAGAUUAAAUGCACAGGUCACUGAAUCCAUCCAUGACCAGUGGCAGUUGGUCCUGACUGACACAUGGAAAGCUCUUCUUCUGCGUCAGUGUUACCAUGGUAAUGAUGGUACGAGUCAAUAUACUCUUGGGUUUUGAUCAGAACAUAUGUGAUUGCAAAUUACCAUUUGAGAAAUUCUCUCUGAAGUUAAACAUGCUUCAUUUCUUAUCCUGAUACUAAGCCUCAUUGUCAGUUUGAUGAUAAUAUAACAUAUAAAAUGUUUGAUCAAAUGCAUCAAGAAUGCAUGCGUCCAAGAGCUAGUUGAUCAGCUCCUCAAAAAAACUAUACUAUAGAUACUGUGACAUCAACAUUUAACAUAGCACAUUUUCUAUAGAAAUUGCUUUUGGUUCCGAAAACUGCUUAUUAAGAAUUACAUUUACGUAUUUUAUUUAUUUAGUUUGUUACAAAUUGAUUUAAAUCCUCCAUUUUUGUAAAAGAUGUUUUGCUACAUUAGUACAUUUAUGUGAAUCUGUUGUGGGGAAGUAUAACAUCAUGGUAUCAGGUGACAAAUUUUGCAUUGCUUAUAUAUAUCUGUGAAACAUUUGUUGUUAUAUUCAGAUGACCAAGUGAAGAUUAUGACAUGUUGACCUCAUUUGAACAAUACGAUGUUGUUCAUGAUAAUUGCCUACUUAAACAAAUCACCUAUGAUAGCAUUUAGUUGCUUCUUUAUUUGUGUUUGUUUUUUUAUAAGAGUUUGUACUUGCCACAACCAAAUAGAUUCAGAUAACCCUGGUGCUCGAUACCAACAAUGCAUGCUGUUUGAUUUUAUGUAUCAGUUAGCAAGUGAAACAUAAUUUUUUCAUUAUGAAUGGAGAUUUAAGCAAGGAUAGAACUUGAUAAGAUAAUAGUAAUCAGGGAUACCCUCUCAUUUGACUUUUUUUAAGGGGGAUUGUUGUCACAAAAAUAAUAUGUGAAAUAUAAAGUGUCGAUCACUAGGGUUAUGUUGCAGAGAAGAUAUCCAACAUUCCUGGAUCGCUAAACGAUCUAUUUGGACUAUCCUGUGCAGUGACAGGACUGAAAGGAUCUUCAAGGUCAUUACUUUCAGGGUUGUUAGGGUUGCAAAAUAUAUUUUACUUGUAUUGAUUUGUUAAAUCAAAUUUUCACUUCUAUUUUAAAAACAUAGAUAAAAGAUUUGUGAUACAGUACAAAUCAGUGCCUACAUACUUAAAUCAAUGGUAUUUUGUUAUUUUCAGUUAGUUAAUGACUGUUGUACAGUCCCUGCAGAUAAAUACCAACUGUUUAACAUAAUGUUUGUACUUACCUAAAUAACAGAAAACAAAGUGAAAUCCGUACAUGACACACAGUAUUGUCCACUACUGCAGGCUGGGUUUUUGAAAGCCCCUUUAUUAUGCUGUACGCUCCUUGUAUGGAAAAGCAAAUCCCAGAUCAUUGUUUUUGAAUUCUGUGUACCAAAGAGGAUAAAUCGAUUAGGUAUUGUCUCUCUUUUUCAAUUCAUUGUUUGUUGUAUGAUAAUGUUGAUGUAUAUAAUCCUUAAUUAUCUAUUGAUGAUAAGACUGUGAUAUUCACUGUUUGAUGUUGUGUAGGUUGAUGGAGUAUCUGUUUUGUACAGCACCUUGAUGUAUAUAGUUCUGUAUAUCUCAUGUAUGUGGUAGAAUCCUGAGUGUUAACAUGCCAGCUUGUUGGGGGGCAUGCUGGCUUUUGUAUACUGUUCAAAUUUUGGUAAGGACACAGAUUAUACAGUUUCAUAGAUGAUAGAAAAUGUCUAUGUGUUUAUUUUCAUAUGAAGUGUUAAAGGCAGGAAUGGUCAUGACUUUUCAGGAAUUCAUGUCCUUUUGUCUUCCAAGAGUUCUUUACUGAUGCACUGUUAAAAUGCAUGUGAAGAAAGAAACUUCAAACAAAGAAUUCAGCAUGUUGAAGUGAGGCCUGAAGGGUUGCAACAUGGCAGUAAUACCUGAAUCUGGAUUCUCAUUCAUGUUGUCUAACGUGGACAUCAACUUAGAGGUCUUGUAGCUUGUUGAGAGUUAAAAUCCUCUAUGAAUUUUCUGGAGUAAAGUAUUUUGGGUUUGAAACUGUUCAUUGUUAGUAAGUCAGCUCAGUACCUGUGUUGGUUUCACCUAAGUGGUAAACAUAUAUGACCGUUAUCACAUUUUUUCCUUCCAGAUCCAGCUAACAUGCUAAUAUAACUGAAUUAUUAUCCCAGUGACUCAUUGGAAACAACUCUUAUUGUGUCGUUUCCAUUCCAGCAGUCAGUCACAUUGAGACCUGACAUCCUAAUAUCCCUAUCAAAAUUUGAAUGGUAUUGUUUGAAUUUUUAUGGGUAGUUGGACAUAGAACCAUAUUGAGUAACAAUUUGCUUGCAAUAAGUGUGUAAAAGCUAUGUGUGCGUGCUCAUGCGCGUGUCUGAUUGGUAAAUUUCAUGUACAACAGCAUUGACCUUUAUGCUUGGAAUGAAUUUUUGAAAAACAAAUUAGAAUAUAAGUAUACACUAUCAUAAUUUUAUCUUGGUAUGUGCUGACAUUGACAAUUUAAUGUGUUCGGAACUUGUGUUUUCUGUAAAUGUAAGCAGUGUACCUGUAGUUGAUUGUUGUGAGAGAAUUUGUAGAUUUAUACUUUGCUCAUGGGUGUGACUUGUCCCUUGUGUCUCUGAAGGUGGUCCACUGAACAAACAGUUAUGUAAGAAGUCUCCAUGGAAAAUGAAAACAGAUAUUAGCUGCUCAACCGAAAUUGUGCAAGCUGGGAAUUUUCCCUAUUUAAAAGUCAGUUUUACAUCAGAUAGUGCCAGCGUUAGAUUUGCUGAAAAGUCAAAUAUUCCUGAAAGCCUUAGCGUGUGUGGCCUGACCUUCUUUUACAAGAGUUACAUAUUUACUGAAAAACUGUACAGUCAGAGUCAAAAUGAAAUUUGAAAUGAAAUAUCAGUGUUUACUAGUAUAUAAAAUAUUUCUCAAAACAAUAAUAUGUUAAUACUGUUUGUCUAGUGAAUUAAAACCCCCCCAAAACUCAUUCACCCUUCUCAAAAACGUAGUUUUAUUCUGCUCAUUCCACAUACAUAUGUGAAUCGUAUUUAAUUAGGAAGAUGCUUUUGAACAUUUUCAGAUAUUUUUCAGAUAUUGUUAAUAUUUAACUUCCUGUGUAGUACUAUUUCUCUGGGUGUUUUCUAGUUAUCAUCGUUGUGAUGUUAAUACAUUUAAUUAUGUUCUUGGAAUAAUUGGGCUUUUCACACUGAUGGAUUUAUGUACAGAAUAUUUAGUAAAUAGACUGAAAAAUAUUUUGUUUUUCACCCUGUGGAUAAAAUCAUUAAAAACAAUGAAUAGAUGAGUCGCUACAGGCACUUGUACAUUGUAAGAAAGACAUCUUUACAAAGCCAAGUGAUCCCUUUUGGGAAUCCAUGAAAUGUUGUAUUUUUCUAUGACCUAUUUAGAAGUGUAUGUUGACUCCAUGUUAAGGUGGCAGAUUAAACCAGUUUCUUGUACAGCGAGACCUUGUUUGACUGGACACUGUUGAUACAGAAACCUAUCCAUUACUGAUCAGAUUUAUGAAUAUAAAGGGACAUAACUCUGUACACAUGACUCUUUCUUGUGUAAAUUGUUAUCCCAGAUUAUUUCACUGUUAAGGUUACUGUCUAGAUCCACAGGGUUUCACUCUAUACAGAAAGUUGGUUUCAUCAUGUUGCCCAGUAACUCUGUAUGUUUGUAUCAAGAGAAUCUUGAUUUGAAGCAUGUGUACAUAUUCAUUAUAAGCUAUUGUACUGUGUUCAUGACACUGGUACACCCAUAUCACUGACUGCAAUAUAUAGUGACACUAGUCUGUUCAGAGAUGAUAAAUAAGAUAAUAUUUUCACAACACAGUGGGUGCCUUGGCAUGACGUAAAUCACCAAGUGAAAACAUAUGACAGGAGGGCAAGUGAUUUGUCUGAGAAAGUAGAUGAGCUUGCACACACCUAACCCACCUCUUAACCUGAUAUUGAUCAUGGGUUUCAAAAGUCAUGGUCUAAAACAUUAACUGCAUCACUUUGAUCAUUCCUCAGUCAUCACUGUAUAAUACGUCUCUACUUUUUAUAGAGUAUUUUAUCUUUCCAAGAUUUACCGCACCAGACUGUAUGGGUUUUGUGUGACGAUAUCAGAAUACAUUCUGUGACAUCAGAACUUCUUUGUCAGGCACCCACUGUGGAAAGGUCAUUGACGUUUGUUGUUUAAAUCCUACGCACCUAUUUGUAUUUUCCGAUUUGAAUUUCGUUAACAAACCUUGUAUUAUGAUAAGAUGUUUGGAUGAUAUUUGCUUUGUAAGUUGCGUUCUUAGUGCAUAGAAAUGAGACUUUAGGUGUACUAUAAGCCUGUUUAUCUACUAUUUUAAGGUUCCAUGCAUGUUGAAUUUUUGGAUUGGUCUUCUUUUAAAAAUGUUUUCAUAUUU